AUGUCCUUACAUGACAAGCAUGCAACAAGAUCAUACAAGCAUGGCAGCCCCUACGGGGCACGCGAUAUCACAUACCACAUGCUGUGUGAUCCAUCCCCUUCUCUCCCUAUUGCGGCCCUCAUUGCCCCCACUAGCCACGUGCGCAACAACUACCUGUUGGGCGCCGUGCCACCAUCACUCACUGCUUUCUCCGCCCUCUCUGAAUUGAAGAUCCAGGGCAACUACCUGACGGGCAGCAUGCCGGCAGCGCUGCCGGCGUCCCUCAAGUACCUGGACGCAUUAGGGAACUACCUGGUGGGACCGUUCCUCACCACCACCACCACCCACUGCAGCUGCACCAGCAAUUGCUUCAAGGACAACGCCAAGUGCACCAGCGGUAGCACGCAGCGUGCAGCAGAUGCAUGCGCCAUCUGCGGCAGCACCAACGGCACUGGGGUGCUCUCUGCGGCACUGCUGAGUGUAAAGGCAUCGCUGGGAGUGUCGUUCACCUGCUGGGCGGUGAGCUCGCCGUGUGCCGUGGAGGGAGUGGCAGCACCGCCAGGCGCGUGGUCCAACGUCCUUUGCAACUCUGCCUUCAAACCCGUCUCCCUGUCAGACACCCGCAACUUCAACUUCAACUGGUUCGCUGGGUCCAUCCCCUCUGCCCUUGUGGGCAUCGCCUCCCUCACAUUAUUCGGUGCGAGCUACAACUACCUGUACGGCCCCGUGCCCAAGCUCGGCACGGCUCUCAAGGCCAUUGACGUGCCGAAGAACUGGCUGGCCGGCACAUUACCCGGCACUGGCUUCCUCUCCUGCUCUGCCUCCUCCAACUGCCUCACCAGCACAGGCGCAUGCAACACCACACGCACCACGCAGCACCCAUUGGCUUCUUGCGCCGUCUGUGACUCUCCCAAGGGCACCGAUCCCAUCUGCGCUGGUGGCACCUGUGCUCCCAACACUGCCGGGCCUCUUGCCUCCUCCACCACCCCCACCGCCCCUUCUCCCAUUCUCCCACGCUUCUGCGUUGGUGUGCCUUUGAACGCAGCGCAAGCCGUUUUUCUCCUCUUUGUAAAGACGACUCUCGGGGUCACCUUCACCGAGUGGUAUGCCAGUUACCUUACAGUAUCCCCCAAGGCCAAGACCAAGGCCAUGGGGUGGCGGCGCCUGGCAGAGAGUGAAGCGAGUAGGGAGAGGGUGCUGCUUGUGGCUCCUCCUUCAGGCCAAGCGGGUCUGUGCACGAUUCAAGGCCAGACGCCCGUGCCUGGCUCCUGA